CUUUUUUUUUUUUAGAGCGGAGCAGCAGGGAGAGACGGAGGAAAAGUUAGUCAAGAUGGCAAAUCCCAAAGAGCUGGAGUGAAGGGGCACCGCUCCCCCCAAAAAAAGAUACCGCCUGUCGGCCUUCCGGAGACAAAGCCAGCGAUGCAAACUGCGCAACAAGGCCCCAAAGGGGUUCCCUUAAGAAUAUGCCAGUGAUGCAGAAGCUGAUAAGACGUACUGCAAGGUGGAAAGCUGACUCAUCAAAUAUCAUUCCACUGUGUGUGAGUAAUUUCCUGAGGGCCGCUUGUAACAGUCAAUAGCAAGAGGAGCAUCGCCGUCGCCUCACUCGGGGACCGAGUCUGAAGGAUUACCUUGUGGCACCAACAAGACUGCUGUCUUGCUGCCGCCAAAGCUCAGAAUGUCCUCCCGCAGCUUCAGCUGAAGGCAGCCAACGUUGAGAAAUAGCAAGAACCUUCACCAGCUUUAUCCAGAACAUCAGUGGACAGUUCAGGCAAGAUCACGCUGCGCUUUGGGAAAGGCAGCCGGCGGCGCAACUGUCACCCCGCCUGCAGCCUCGCUUCCAGACCAUGAUGUUUCGCGAUCAGGUGGGCGUACUUGCCGGCUGGUUUAAAGGGUGGAAUGAGUGCGAGCAGACGGUGGCUCUGCUGUCUCUGCUGAAGAGGGUGAGCCGGACCCAGGCUCGUUUCCUUCAGCUCUGUCUGGAGCACUCCCUUGCCGACUGCACGGAACUGCAGGUUCUGGAGGCAGAUGCCAACAAUCCAGACGUUAUCAGCCAGUGGCAAGGCGAGACAAAAGAACGUGUCAUCUCACUUGUCCUCACCCAUUUGCCACUACUCAAACCAGGCAACGUUGAAGCUAAAGGCGAGUACAUGCGCCUGCUCCCGCGCAUCCUUGCUCACACAAUUGAGCAUGGUCGUCACCUGGAAGAGUCUCGCCAGCUCUUGUCGUAUGCCCUCAUCCACCCUGCCACCUCCCUGGAGGACCGUGCCGCGUUGGCCCUGUGGCUCAACCACCUGGAGGAGAGGGCUGCUGCCAGGGGAGACUCACUGGAAAGGCCAUCUCCUACCGGGCCACAUCAUCGCCAAUCCACUCCGCCAUCCACCCUUACAUCAGGAUCCUCCAUCAACAGCUCUUCAUCGGGUAACCUGUACUCUUCGCACCACCAUCACCAGCGCUACGGGUCAGAUGAUCGCCUAAAUGGAUGGCAGAGCUCCAGGGAUUCAGGAUUGGGUGGAGGUUGGCAGCAGCAGGCAUAUGAGAAUGGACACCUGCCUCUUUACCCAUCAUCCUCAGUACCAGCAACCAUCAACACAGUUGGAACUGGUGGAAGUGGUAACGCAAUCCUAACAAGCAGCAAUCAGCCUCACAGUCCUCUGAAGCGCUCAGUGUCACUCACUCCUCCAAUGAGCGGUCCGAGCAACCAUCCCAUGGGUCCUGUCUGGUUGUCCCAGGAAGAUCUACGUAGUAGCAGAGGCCCAGCCCCCGAUCACGCACCCCUAUCCCCUCAAAGCAGCAUUGCUUCUUCAGGCAGCGGAGGAAGUGAACAUCUGGAAGAGGGCAGUUUAGGAGGCGGCUCGGGUCUGCAUCGCAGUUCCUUCCAUGAGGAGGGUAGUGGCAUGAGGGAUGUUCCUUCAUGGCUGAAGGGUCUCCGUCUCCAUAAAUAUGCAGCACUGUUUUCCACCAUGACGUAUGAUGAAAUGAUGUCACUUACGGAAGAACAACUGGAAGCACAGAAAGUCACCAAAGGAGCAAGACACAAGAUUGUUAUCAGCAUUCAAAAGCUCAAAGAGAGACAAAACUUGCUUCGCAGCCUAGAAAAGGAUGUAUUAUUAGAAGGUGGUAAUCUGCGUGUGCCACUGCAAGAACUCCAUAAUAUCAUCACAACACCUAUCAAGGCUUUCAGUGGUGGCGAGGAGACGUCCUUACAGCGCCCUCCUCUGAACCCAGAUGCCAAAAGUUCUGCACCUGGAUCCCACCUUGCUGGAGGAGGUGGAGAGGUUGAGGCUAGCUCAAGUGUGAUUGCGGAGGGAGAUCUACCCAGCCAGUUUAUUCGUGUCAUGGGCAAAGUUUGCACUCAACUACUAGUCUCGAGAUCGGAUGAGGACAACAUCAGCUCAUACCUGCAACUCAUUGACAGGUGCCUUAUACAUGAGUCAUUUAGCGAGACUCAGAAGAAGAGGCUUUUGUCAUGGAAACAACAGGUCCAGAGGCUGUUCCGGGCCAUCCCGAGAAAAACGCUCCUUGACAUUGCAGGUUAUCGACCGCAGAGGAGCAGCCGUGGAUUUGGUCAGUCCAACUCUCUCCCCACCACAAGCUGCGUUGGGAGCAGUGUCAUGGCCAGAAGAAGCCUUCGGCAAUUCCAGAUGCCCUCUAGGAGCUUACCAGGAGCAAGGCUGGGCCUGUUGGGCAGCGGAGGCUUGCUGGGAUCUACACCCCGUAGCAGCAGCAGCAGCAGCAGCAGCACACCCACAGGCCCCAAGCAAGGGAAACAGGGUCUGUGGUUUGCCAACCCCGGAGGCAGCAACAGUAUGCCCAGUCGAAGCCACAGCUCUGUACAACGGACACGCUCACUGCCAGUUCACACAACGCCUAUGGUCAUGUUCCAACAAGCUGAUCUUCAGUUGCCAGUUACAGAGCCAGACAUCAACAAUCGCCUUGAAUCUUUAUGUCUGAGUAUGACAGAGCAUGCCUUGGGAGACGGUGCCGAUCGCACGUCAACAAUAUGAAAUGAGGGCCAGAAGCGUGUCUGAAGCUUCACAAGGCCCUCUCACAACAAGUCACCCUGAGGUCACCUGCCCUCCAGUGCCCUCUUCCUGUAGCCAAAGGUAGAGAUCAAGCAAGGGCAUCCAAGAAACACAUGCCAUCACACUGGCUGCAUUGACGGGGUUGGAAAACACACUUCCUGCUGUGACCAACAAGUUCUCACCUGUGUCACCUGUGUGAGGAGAGAGAGAGAAAGGUCUGAUCAGCGUGUGUGAACAGCGCCCUCUCAGGAGAUCAGAAGCACUACAACAGACAGAUCAGCAGAGUGGGAGAUGCCCGGGCUGAGGAUCCGGGCCCAUUGAAGCCCUUUUGGUCCCUUUGGUCCCCGUACAUUUAAGAGUUUCUCCAAGGAUCGUAGGUUUGGGGAAAAAGCCCCCUUGUCUUUGUUUACAUAAUGAUGCUACUUUCAAAAGGGUACAGAAUGAAAAAGAAAUCAGGUAUGGGUUAUACUAUUCUGUAAAGCCUCGACUGACUGCCAGCUUUACACCCUCAGUAGCCAUCACGCUAGUUUACAACCAACAUGCUUAUCCUUUAUUAUAUUUAUCAACGCAAGGCUUGAAGAAAAUGUGCCAAUCAAGGGUGAGGAGAGGACGGUGAGAAGCGAGGGAGACGCGCAAAAAGGAAAAGAAGGCGAAGAAGGUUGAAGGGAAUGAGCUGGGACGAUGAGAAGGGAUCCUCCAAAAGGAAGCGGAUGUUUUGAAGGAGCGAAAAAAAUCAGAGGCCGGACCUUUUGAUGUCCUUAAAAUGACGGAGGGAGACGAUGUCACGUGGAUUCGUGUUGCUAGUUUGUCCUGUGAGUGGAAUAGGAAGUGACUGGUCAGUUACAUAUUGUUUAUCUUUAGCUUGUAUUGUAUCAACUCUGAAUUCAGAGGAUUAGUGUAGGGGAGGACUUUAAAACGUAGUCUUUCAUAUAAGUGGGAGAUAAAUACAGCUGUAUUACCAAUGGGAUUUGUAUGCAUGUUCAGAUUCUAAGAUUUUUUUUUUUUUGUAAAAAACCUUUGUAAAACAGGGGUGAUUUAAGCUAUGUAGUCUAAUUUUCUUAGUGCAAAGGAACAUUUGAAAUGUGGAGUGAGGAAAAUGAGAAGGUUUGCAACAUUGUAGACUGGCUGUGUCUCAAUUCAUGCACUUAGUGCACUCAAAGUGUAAGUAUGGAAGUGGGUGAAUUGAGACACAGCCGUUAAGACAGUCGGUCCAUGAAGGGUUGCGUCCCAGAGACUGGAGAUACUGCCGCGUGCUGGCCAAAAAGUUGGUGGCGGUGCAUGUUCACCUGACCACUCUAAAGAGGCCAAAUAUUGUUGGUGGUUGAGGGUAAAUGAAACUCUUCUGUAGCUUCCUCUGAAUAUAGGCUGACAUGUUUUUUUUUUUUUAUUUCUUAUGUUGUUUUGAAAUUUAAUUUAACCCCAAUUCAUUGUGUCUGGAAUGCAGACUUUAUCCAAUGGCCGAGGUGGUUAGGAAACUAAUGAUGUGCGGCAAGUGUGAUUUGAUAGUAGGUGCAUUAUUUAGGUUCUUCAUUCUUUUAUUGCAAUUGUAUAGUACUUUAUUUCUAUCCUGCACUUGAUAUGAUAAUGUGAUAGGGCAAGAUCCAAACGGACAAAGUACCAGUACAGUGAUUCUCAGCUGUCAGUACAGACACCCAGUGGCGAUCUUUGGGUCCUCCACCAGAGAUGUUCAGUUACGUUUUGGUGUCCUGUCCAUCAACUGUGUGCUGAACACACAGUUAAAAGACCAGCGCAGUUUUAAGAUUUUGGAUGUAGAGCCCCUUUGUUUUGAUCUCAUGCUGGGCAGUAUAGGGACUAAACAUGCCGAAAAUUCUGACAUGGUGCCUAAAUUCUGCAUGUGACAGGCCACACUGCCAGAUCCAGUGAUAGAGGCUUGUGACUGAGGCUGUGUCUCAAUUGGUACACUUCUGUACGUAAGGCUCAAGGCUUCGUUAUGCUACAGGGUAGUCUUGCUCCUGUUAAUAGUUCUCUACCAAAAUUUUAGGGGCACUGUUUUUUCAACUCUCAAUGAUUAGCUGUUUAGCUUCCUGUGUAGUAGUAUUGAACAGUGGCAAUUGAAGCGACAAUCCAGAUCAUUAAUCGAUGUGGAACUUUAGACACUUUUAAAAAUGGUGGGUCGUCUAGUAAACCAAGGAUUCCCGGGUUGAAUCCCGUUUCCUCCAUCCCAGUCACUGCUAGUGUGUGUCCUUGGGCCUAAAGACACUUUACCCACAUCGCCCACACAUGGAUGCUUCACUGACCAAAAUGUGGACCUACGACUCGGAUCUGGCCACCGGGUGCUGUACAAAUACAGAGACAAACUUAGCCGUACUUGUAUGAUCUUUUGAAAAACAGGAAAGGCUACAUAUCGGAAUUGCUGUACUAAAAAAAAAACAAAAAAAACGCAAGGUUAGAUUUUUUUGCAGGCGCAUGUCAAGCUCUGUCAGGGGGUUUGCAAGGGGAGGAGUGAGCCGGCGUACGUGACACUGUGGCAUAAUGAAGCCUUUAGUUGCCUGACUUGCAUAAGUGUGUUCACACGCACGUUUGGCAAAACGCUGUCAGUUCCCCACUCAAAGCGCCUAAUACAGUGAGUGCGCACUGAUGGAUGCUUACAUAGUCACCAUUUUGGCUACACAGUGGAAGAGGAGGGAGUAAUUUGAAAUAAUGGCGGCUGAGAAGCAACCCCUACAGGUGUAAAGUAGUGAACAAAAUAAGCAGCAGCGGGUAAAUACUGCAUUAUUGGUAAGUGAGUAAUGGCAGUAAAUGAUUUGGGACAUCACUAUGCUGUCAAAAUCUGCACCUUUAAGAGCUAAGUACACAAUGUACACAUUAUACUUGAAGGAAGUACAGUGGAUCCCCGCAUAUUUGGGAUUCACAAUUGACAGCCUGCAAAUUUGUGAAUUUUGGUCAAAAAACAAAUUGUUUUGUAUUUUAUUUCCAUAAGUCGGUAAUAAAUGUAUAAAUAUGUGCUAAAACAGGUAAAAUGUACAGCAUACAUGUUUGUCUUUAUGCUUCACUGAUGUGUCAAUGUUUUUUCAUCAAACAUUGAGUUCUUGCACUUUGUUUAGCGGUCCAACACAUCGUAGCUGUGUGCCGAGAAAAGUUUGUUUGGCUACGGAAGCACUAGCUUCAACAGUCAUGGAUCAUCUUACAUUAUCAUUCAUUAGUGGCGAGUCCCUGUACAUUUUAUGCUUUAAAUGUGUUUAAUAAAUGUGUAAGGCAUAUUGAAGAGAGAAGGAGAGGGUUCUGGAGCUGAAUCUAAUCUAAUAAUUACAAGUCACUGUUAUUGCAAAUGAUCCAAAAUCAGAGGUCUAGCAGGAGGGUUUGGGCGGUAGGAGGGAGCCGUGUGUCAAAAAUCGAUAUUUUUACGGGCGUAUCAAUUACUCAUGUUUUUCCCCCCUUUCACUGGUCCAGAACGUAGCGCUCACAAAAAGCGGGGAUCUACUGUAUUCCAUUUGAGACACUGCCUGUGUAUGAUGAGUCUUUUGUCCACACACCCCAUAGAUGUGUCACGAUGAUGCUGCACAUUCAGAUUACGUCUCAGUGUUUAUCGCUCUUCUGAUCUCUGUCGCAUUACAGGCCCUUCGGUUCCUCGCUUCCAUGACGUGAAUGUGACAGGAACCUGGUUCACUCAUGCAUGGAGAGACUGAUGUUAUAAACCUUCAGGCUCACCGUGCACUGCACUGUGUGUGUCGCAGGGGGCAGCAUCAGGAUAGCAAUAACCCUUGCCAUACGUUUCAGUACUUAAAGAAGAUACACUUAUUUAUUCUUUUAUUCUUCAUAAUUGUUGCAGAUGUCAUACUUUUACUCAGUUUAGGUGUAUUGUUAUUAUUUAAAGUACCAUAUGUAUUAACAAGUUAUGGCUGGUGACCAUACGAACAUCUCAAAUAUUAACCGUUGUUUUGUUGUUUAUUUGUACUUUUAAUGAUGUUUUGUUGAUCUAUAACCAUUCAGUGUAAUUUGUCAUGUGAAGCUUUGGUGUCAGAGUGCAGCUCUAUGCAGGAACCGGUCCACGACUCGCACAUGCAACAUACAGUACAUGUUCAGUCACACAACGGCAGGAAGAAUUGGGAGGACAGUCAGUGCAACUUUCUCACAAAGACACAUUACGUCUUUGCAAAAUACAGUGGAAACAAUCCCUUCCCACGAUGCAACAUGUUUCCCCCCAUAAAGAUCAGUUUUUGUCAAUGAGUUUCAUAACAUUUAUCCACUGUUCAAGCAAUGUUUUAAGUCAUAGUUUAACAUUUGUAACUCUCAGGAUGAAACAGUAUACCAGGGAUAUCCAAACUUUUUCCACCGGUAGCAUUGUGUACAAGUGGCCUGUAUGCCUUGAGCUAGUACAGAUUUACUGUACUACAGUAAAACUACUCUUGUUGUGAUUCUAUUGGAUUUUUUUUUGGCAUACCGCUGGACAGUACAUAUUUUAAGAAGUGACAUACGGGGGAAUGGAGAGGAAGAAAGAAAGGGGGAAAAUACUGUCUUCAGCAUCUGAACCAUGGCAGAAGGCAACUCAAUUGCAAUCUUGCAAAGUGCAAAUUUGACCUAUAUUGUGCUAAUAUUGAUGGCAUAGUGACAAUUUUGGUCGUAAUAAUCAUAUGACAUGUUCAUACUGACUCAGCUCUACUUAACUGUUAUCUAAGUGUUAAUUAUGAGGGGAAACCAGUUUGCAUUAAACGCAUUGGGAUCAAGUCCACAGGAUAACGUCUGGGUGUUACUGUUGUUGCAAUGGCCAGUAGUGCCUGGUUUUGCCAGUUGAAAAGCAUCAUUGUUGUUGUGUUUCCCAUAUUGUGCUGAUCUGCCUGGGCAAAAGAUGUGUGUACUGAACGACCGCGUGUGUUAUUUGCAUAAGAGACUUGGCGCUUUCUGUAUCGACAGGGUGCCAUGGAGGGUUAGCCUUAUUGAGAUAUUGUUGUUGUCUUUGUCUAUGCUGCCAAGACUGACAUGUAUGCUACAUUACGAUGACACAAUAGCAAUUUCCGGUUCUAUGGUCAUUACUAAACUUUUCUUCUCUGAAAUCAUAAAUGCAAAAGUCUCACCAGAUAUGCUGAAUUCUCAGUUGAGUUUUUGCGCAACUCCAAGGACUUUUUUUUUUUUUUUUUUUUUUUUUACAAAUUUUGGUUGAAUUUCAAAUUUGACAACUAAUGGCUUUCCCAACACUACUGUAAAUGGCGGACUGGUCCUGCCUGGAGUAUUUCAUGAGUGAGACCUCAUUCAGCAGUCCUACUUUAUAGUUGCCCAUCAUUUUGGUGACAGUUAACUGGUGAAAAUCUGAAUCUGCACCAAAAGGCUGGUUCUCAGGCCCUUCCCCUCCACAAUUGUUUUUAUCCAAUUAACUGCUAUCAUCAUCAAAGGGACUUGGUACUUUGUACUGUGAAUACGUGUGAGAGGAGUCAAAGACGUGUUCAGCAGUGCACAAAAAUUGAAAUCAAGGUAACUGGAUUUAGGGUUAGGACUAGGGCUAGGUGUAGACAUUCACAUUAAUCCAAAAGGCUUCUUCAGUUCUAAAUGUGCUGGUGCAGAGUUCCCAUAUUUAUGUCUCUGCUGGGGAGUCCCACAUGUUCACAUUAAAAUCCUUUGUUACAAAGUGUGACCGGUGACUGGCAUAACGGCAGGUCAUUCCCCUCCCUGGUUUAAAGUGACAACUUUCUCAAAGGUGUGACACAUUAUUCUGGGGAGAUGUUGGCGUUGUGAGAUAAUGGUCCACCCAUCCAUUUACCUCCGCUUGUCCGGGUCUGGGUCACAAGGACAGCCGUCUCAAUAGGGAAGUCCAGACUUCCAGGUCUCUGGCUACUUCUUCCAGUUCCACCGGGAGGACACCAAGGCGUUCCCAGGCAAGCUGUGAGACAUCCCUCCAGCGUGUCCUGGGUCUGCCCCUGGGCCUCCUCCCAGCGUCCAGGAGGCAGCUAGACUAGAUGACGACAGGUGAUGGUGCAAACCUCCACCUCUGUUGAGAGAGGGCCUUUCUAGUUUGACAAACUGUAGUUCACAUUUGUGGGUGACACACUGCUCAAGAUCCAAGCCUUUGAACUCUGUAGACAACAUCAUCUAGAAGACAUUGAAAGAUUGCACUGCCAGUUUCAGACUAAAGUACGAGUAGGGACAGACGGCAGCCUCAACAUUGACCAUGUUUACAUGCACACAACAUUACAACAGUACGAAUAUUCCCGUUUACAUGUUAAUCAGCAUACUCAGAAUACAAAAUCAACAUAUUUGUAUCGACUGGCUUACCAGUAUUUCAUAAACUGGUAGGAAUAUUACUGUUCCAAUACUUACAGCCAUUGAAGCACUGAAGUAUUAAGGAUAUCCAUCAGUACAUUCCUCCUCAGGCUAGAAAUGUGAACCUUCGUUUGACACCAUCCCAGACCUAAACAAAUCCCACAAUCCUUUAUGAUCUGAGUGUGUGCAAUAACUUAAUAACCGGUUCGAUUUUGCGAGUUGAUAUGACCUCAUAUUUGGGUUGGCACAGGCAUACGGCAGGGGUUUGAAUUGGGUUUUUAAUAACUGGAAAAUGAUUCGAAAUUGGCAAUCUGAAAAAUCAGUCAAUCAAUAUUUAUUUGUAUAGUGCCUUAACAACAGUCAAACAAUUUAUAAAGCAUUCUACACAAUGUAACAAAUCACAGAAAUAAAAUACGUAUACACAACAGCACAGACAACAUAACUCUAAAACACACAAUAUGUGCCAAAAGCCAGUUUGAAUAGGUGUGUCUUUGGCUGUGAUUUAAAAACUGAUAGGUCAGUUGUAGAUUGUAGACCAGGUGGAAGAGAAUUCCAGAGUUUAGGAGCAGACACAGCAAAUGAGCCAUCUCCCCAUUUCUUAUGUCUGGACCUGGGGACCACUUGAGUUAUCUGCGUGGGGAGCGCAGUGCCCCAACUGCCUGAAAAAGGUGUUCACAUGACCAAAAAGCUAUCCAAAUAUUUACUAUAUUAAGGUUAGUACGGGACUAUUGUGUGCAUGAUAAAUAUGGUGAAUGAGGUCUACAGAACACCUCCUGUACCCACACAAAUCUGUACCCAGAAGGAAAAAGACCUGUCACCAGUCACAUUAUCCAAACAUUUAGAAAUGAAGACUCCUUUUAGAUUAAAGUGAAACAUCUUCACACAGCAAGAAUAAGGCCAGCUGCCUCGAUUUAACGUAUGAAGAUGAACAUGAACCUGGAUGACUUAGACUCUACACAGAUAAAAAGGAUGGCGCUGUUUCAACUUUUUUUUUUCCCCCCCAAAGGCAGCACGACCAUGAAGCAACACGCUUUGUCUUUUCAUUUCAAAAAUGUGCUUUCCUGCAUCAUUUGUCCAUGUGACUUGAAAUGCCUGUAUUGGACAGUCCUGGAUGCUUCCACAAACCAAAUACUGACUUUAAAGUCAUAUGUGAGCUGCAGUAUUUGCCGUUAGUGUGGUACCAACAGAAUUUACGCAUGUACUUUUAACUCGAGGCAUAUGCAGUGGGGGAAAUAAGCAUGUGCUUCUUUCCUUACAAAAGAAUGAACAGUCCAGAUAUUUAUGGUAGGUUUAUUGUAACACAGAGAGGCUAUUGGAGCUGCGACUAACAUUUUUUUUCCCCCAGUCGAUUAAUCUGGAGCUUGUUGUCCCAUUUAAUCGAGUACUCGGUUUGACCUUAGACCAGGGGUGACUAAAGUGUUGCUCGUGGACCAUUUGCGGCCCGUGGCUAUUUAUUUUAUUGGCUUGUGGUACAUUGUAAACAUAUAAUUUGACUGGAUAAUGGGGGGGGGGGAAAUCCAGCAAAAGUGGAAAAAAAAUCAGCAAUAAUUUUUCAAAAUAUUAAAGAGAUAAGAGCUGUUUUCUAACUAGGAAAAAGUCGUACUUUUACGAGAAAAACGUACAGUUAUGAGGAAAAAUAACAUUUUAGUAGCAUAACGUUGAAAUAUUAGUUUUUCUUUUAAGUUGUAAUAUCAGUUAAUUGUAUAUCAAUUAAUUGGAUAAUCGAUUAAUCAGAGUCAUUGUUGCAGCUCUAGAGGCUAUCAAGCAAAAAAAACUGAAAUUUAUUUUAUAAGGUUGAUUGGGUAAAUAUUUUUUCCCCUAGAGCCCCCCCCCCCCCCCCCCCGCAAGCCCACAAGGUAAACUUCAGCAGACGAUCUGAUAAUCAUUCCCCCCACUGUAUUUGCGGUUUUGUAUCUUUAGAUUUGUCUUAGGCUCUGCUUUUUUUUAAAUUCAGCAUAACUCAACUACCCUGUAACCCAUUUUUACAGCUUUACUGUAUUCCUUUAGUUCAUGUAUUUGUAUUUGAUCAAAGAGCCAAUGUCCUGUAUUGACUGCAGGCUUGCAUAUAUAUUUCACAAAAAAAUAUUGUGGUUUAAUAUAAAGAAAAAUACCUGCAAAAAAGUACAGAAAAUUGGGGAAAAUGUACAAAAAGGAGGAGAUGGGGGAUAAUUUAUAUUUUAAACUUGCGCGCAGAAGGCUGAAAAGUCAUAUUUAGAAUAACAAAUGGCAGUGCCUUUUUUUUGUACUCAAGACAUUUACCCCUAAUGUAAAUGUGUUGUUUUCAUGGACUUUAUAGACUGAAACCUUACAGGAGGAAACCAGUGAUGGCAGGUCUGGGGCUCGUUCACACUGCAGCUAAUUGUGCUCGCUUUAUUAUUUUUUUAAUCUGACAAAGCAUUAACAAAACAUUGAUUUUGGAUUUGGCCAAGUGCAGGGAAUAAAGCGAUAAGAGCAGCGACCCUUGCCGUGUGAACACAGCCAUACAGCCGUCAUCACGCGGUGGCCGUCCGUAGCCUUCCUGUUCUGUGUGGAGGACACAAACGAUGUUUAUGAAUGUGUAUGGAUGCAUUCAAGUUUUUUAAAAAUUUGUAUUAUUGUCUUGCUGUAAUUUGUUGAGACGUACCAGAAUGCUGUGACUUGGCAUGCCCUGUUAUCUAUUAAAAAAAAAAAAGUUAUAAGUCCUGCA